AUGUAUAUCAUCGCCCUUCUUCCCAUUGUGUUCCUUUUAUACCACAUUAUCCGAAUCUCCAAAUCCCUCAUAGCCUCAAGAUCUACCCCAGGACCGUUUUGGGCCCGCAUCAGCCACCUGUGGUACUUCCAGCACCUCCGCGGUGGCCGUUUUGAGCAUGAAAACAUCCGCCUGCAUCAAGAACAUGGUCCGAUCGUUCAAAUCGGCCCCAAUCAUUUCAGCAUCAACGAUGCCGCCUCGGUGAAAAUGAUCUACGGGCCGGGCUCUAAGUUUGCCAAGUCUGCGUGGUACGAUGCAUGGAAGCCCGCCGGCCAUUGGUCCAUCUUCGCCGAUCGGGAUAUCAAGAGACACUCUGAUACCAGAAAACGGUUCACCAGCGUGUACUCCAUGAGCUCAUUGGUGCACUAUGAACCAUUCGUCGAUCACUGCGCUGACUUGUUUGUGGAUCGUCUCAAUGAAUUUGCGGGGACUGGGAAGAUCCUCAAUUUUGGUCAUUGGUUCCAGUGCUAUGCCUUCGAUGUGAUCGGGAACAUCACAUUUGGAGAACGCUUCGGAUUCCUGGACCAAGGUCAUGAUAUUGAUGGUGCUAUCGCCGCUGUGCAAGAAAUUCUCAGCUACAGUACUCUCAUCGGCGUAUACCCGCAAUGGCAUCCACGAUUGUCCGGAAUCCUCGCCAAGCUCAAUUUAUUCGGUGCUGGAGGUCGAGCGUACAUUCGCAAAUUCGUGCAAGAAAAGAUCGCACUUCAGGAGAAGAAGAAGAAAUCUGAUGUCGAGACUCAAUCUGAAAAGACGACCCAAAACUUCGUGGAGAAGCUGAUGCUGGUACGGGACAAAGACCCCGAGAAAAUAACCGAUCUUCACAUCUUCAUCAUGGCCAACACGAAUGUCGCAGCUGGCUCUGAUACAACAGCUAUCAGUCUCUCGGCAAUCAUGUGGCAUCUGUUGAGUUACCCCGAGACCCUACAGAAACUACGCGAGGAGCUGGAUGAGUUUACGGCUCAAGGCCGGUGCAGUCCGUCUCCGACUUUCAAUGAAACGCAGGAAAUGCCCUACUUCCAAGCCGUCAUGAAAGAGGCACUGCGAAUGCACCCCGCUACUGGACUUCCUAUGUGGAGGGUGGUUCCCGAGGGUGGAGCUGAGAUUCAAGGACGGUUCAUGUCGGAGGGAACUGUCGUUGGUGUCAACACGUGGGUUGCACACUAUGAUGAGGAUAUAUUCCCCGAUGCGAAGAUCUUCCGACCAGAGAGAUGGAUCGAGGCUGAAAGUCAGCCUGAGAAGCUGAAAGAGAUGAACCAGAUGUAUAUGCCGUUCGGUCUCGGCUCACGAACUUGCAUUGGUAAACACAUCUCUAUCCUCGAGAUGUCCAAGGUGAUUCCUCGGCUCGUUCAAGAAUUUGACUUCGUGCCUUUGCGGAAAACAUGGCGCACGGAGAAUAUGUGGUUUGUGAAACCUUUGGAUUUCGAAGUUCGGGUACAACGCCGUGCUUCUCGAACGUGA